GUACAAGCAGCUCCCCAACAAGUGGCUGAAGACAAAUUUGUAUUUGAUUUACCGGACUAUGAAAACAUCAACCAUGUAGUGGUCUUCAUGCUGGGAACUAUACCAUUUCCAGAAGGAAUGGGAGGAUCUGUCUAUUUCUGUUACCCGGACCAGAGCGGGGUGGCAGUGUGGCAGCUGCUGGGGUUUGUCACUAACGAGAAGCCAAGUGCCAUCUUCAAAAUUUCUGGUCUGAAAUCUGGGAAGGGAAGUCAACAUCCCUUUGGUGCCAUGAACCUCCCUCAGACGCCAACGGUGGCCCAGAUUGGAAUCUCAGUGGAACUGCUGGAGAACCUGGCCCAGCAGACUCCUGUUGCAAGUGCUGCUGUGUCAUCCGUAGAUUCAUUCACAGAG